CAAGCAGGGACAAGUCUGCCAAGGAAGCUGUGGCCAGAAGCACAGAUCAGAAACACAGUGGUGCAAAUGGAUCCAGGCACAUUCUUUGAUGACUUUUAUAAUAGACCCAUCCUUUCUCAUCGGAACACCAUCUGGCUGUGCUACGAAGUGAAAAUGAAAACAAACGACCACUCAAGGCCCCUUUUGGUUGCAGAUAUCUUUGAAGGCGAGGUCUAUUUGAAGCCUCAACACCACCCAGAGAUGAGAUUCCUCCACUGGUUCCGCAACUGGAAGCUGCGUAGUGACCAGGAGUACGACGUCACCUGGUUUGUGUCCUGGAGCCCCUGCCCAGUGUGUGCAAGGAACAUGGCCGAGUUCCUGGCCAAGGACGGGAAGGUCACCCUGACCAUCUUCGUGGCCCGCCUCUACUACUUCUGGGACCCACAUUACCAGAAGGAGCUUCGCAGACUGUGUCAGAGGAGAGACAGUCCUCAUGCCACCAUGAAGAUCAUGAGUUAUGGCGAAUUUCAACACUGUUGGAACAAUUUCGUAGAAAACCAAGGAAAGCCAUUCAAGCCUUGGAAUGCGCUGCCUAAACAUUACACAUUACUGCGCAUCACGCUGGGGGAGGUUCUCAGAUACCGGAUGGAUCCAGGCACAUUCACUUACAACUUUACCAACAACCCUUCGGUCCAUGGACAGCACCAGACCUACCUGUGUUACAAGGUGGAGCACCUGCACAAUGGCACCUGGGUCCCGCUGCACCAGCACAGGGGCUUCAUACUCAACGAGGCUUCAAACAGUCUCAGUGUCCCUGAAGGCCGCCAUGCAGAGCUGUGCCUCCUGGACCUGAUUUCCUUUUGGAAGCGGAAACAGGCCCAGUGCUACAGGGUCACCUGCUUCAUCUCCUGGAGCCCCUGCUUCAGCUGUGCUGAGAAGGUGGCUGAAUUCCUUCAAGAGAACCCACACGUGAACCUGCGCAUCUUCGCUGCCCGCAUCUAUGAUUAUCUUCCAGGAUAUGAGGAGGGGCUGCAAAUGCUGCAGAAUGCUGGGGCCCAAGUCUCCAUCAUGACCUCUGAGGAGUUUGGGCACUGCUGGGACACCUUUGUGGAUCACCAGGGACGCCGCUUCAAGCCCUGGGAGGGACUAGAUGAGCACAGCCAAGCCCUGAGUGGGAGGCUGCAGGCCAUUCUCCAGGGAAACUGAUGGAUGAGCCUCAGUCUCUAAGGAAGAGACCUGGGCUGAACAGCAGAAUAAAAGAUCUUCUUCCAAGAAAUGUAACCAGGCCGUUUACCACCAUCUCCAGCUGAUCACAGAAGCCAGCAAAGCAGUGCACUCCUGACAAGUAGAUUAUUUUAAAAAUUAAAGCGAAUUACUUUUAAUAAAAAAUUUAUGUGAUGUUUCAAGAAUACAGUAGUGAGAUUGUGCUCAGUAUUCUCAGAAAGGUUUCAAACCUACUCAUCCAGUGACAAUUUGAAUUGGCUUUAU